AUGUUAAGCUGCGCGUCGCCCGCCGGCAUGUCGCCCGCGCAACACGCGCAAAACUAUGGAGCCUUAAUACAACCACCUCUUAUUAAAUCAGAACCGAUGGAAGACGGAAGCUUUGCAAAAGAACAAGCGAGUGGAUUCUAUUCCGAAGGUUUCCAUAGUGCAUCACCGUCAUCUUCGAGUAAAGAUUCCAAUGGACAUUCACCUCGGAGCGUCGGCAGCACUGGUGAACCAUCUCCAUAUUACGACAACGUGCCUCUGAAAGCCAAAUCAAAUCUGGGUACGCAUUUGGAAUCCUAUCGCAAUGGACUGCCUUAUAGCUUACUCACACCUCCUGGUUUUGAAAAUAGAAAUAAUGAAGAUUGCGAUCCAUCACCAUACGGUUCAUUUUCUCCGCGGUCUCUUGUACCCCCAGCUCACGUAUCGACGCCAUUGGCACGUGCUGAUGCCACUCCACCUAAAUCACCACCAAGAACGCCUUCGUCCCCUGACAGAGAUCACGAGAGGCGAGCAUUCGAACGAUUCCAUGAUUCUGGUUUCGAAGGCAUCGGCCAAAAUAAAACUGAAGAAGAUGAUGGUCGAGAUGGAUCUGGGCUCGAUGAAGAUUUUGACGAUGAACCAGGUCUUCGCGUUCCAGCUGUAAAUUCUCAUGGAAAAGUUAAAACCUUCAAAUGCAAGCAAUGUGAAUUCGUCGCAGUAACCAAACUUAGUUUUUGGGAACACAGCAAGGAACAUAUUAAGCCCGAAAAAAUGCUAUCAUGCAGAAAAUGUCCUUUUGUAACUGAAUAUAAGCACCACCUAGAAUAUCACAUGAGGAAUCAUUUAGGAUCCAAACCUUUCCAAUGUACUCAAUGUUCCUACUCGUGCGUAAACAAAUCAAUGCUUAACUCGCACUUGAAGUCCCACUCUAAUAUUUAUCAGUAUAGAUGCGCCGAUUGUAACUACGCUACAAAAUACUGUCAUUCUCUCAAGUUACAUCUACGGAAAUAUAAACAUAAUCCGGCCAUGGUACUAAACAUGGAUGGAACGCCUAAUCCUCUUCCAAUAAUUGAUGUUUACGGUACUCGGCGUGGCCCAAAACAAAAGCCUAUUAUGAAAAUGUUCGACCAGCAACAAAUAAACAAUAACAGUAAACAUCAACCACCGCCGCCAACUCACCCUAUCUUUGGAAAUCAUUUCCCUGUUAAUCUACCAUAUCUGCCGCCGCUGCUACCACAUUCGUUCCUCUUUUCACCGAACAAAAAUUACGAACCGACGACUUCGCCAAAAAUAACUGAAUUACCUGUGGAGAAACAGUCGGCACCGUCCCCUCAAUCCAUAUUACAUCAGCGUCUGGCUUACAGAGAGGUCCCCGCUGAAACAAAUGCAACACCACCGCCAAUCAAAUCUCCAGCUAGUUUACCUCAAACACCAAUAGCACCGCGCAGUGUCUCUCCGCCGGCAACGACUGAUGCACUUGAUUUAACUAACACUAAAACAAGUGAAGCAGGAUCACCACCACCACCCGAACGUCCAGCACCAGUUACACCCACCACGUCAUUAAAAAAUAGAAGAAAAGGUCGCGCCUUUAAAUUACAGCCCGCAGCUUUAAGACUGCAACACGAAGACGAUAAGGUGGAAGCAGAUGGAUCUGAUGAAGAAUCGGACGGGUCAGCUGAAGCAGUUGUAACCUCUACACCAGCUUCAUACACAUGUCAAUAUUGUGACAUUACGUUUGGCGAUCUUACAAUGCACACUAUACAUAUGGGUUUCCACGGAUACAACGAUCCAUUCAUGUGUAAUAAAUGUGGGGAGAGAAGUGCUGAUCGCGUGGCAUUCUUCAUUCAUCUCGGCCGCGCCCAACACGAGUAAGUUAAUUGAAAUUGCAAAGAUUUAACCUAGUCACCUCUUUGCGUUUAAUCCAACUAGCCUAUUUGUUAUAGGUAGAGGUCGUAAAUAAUUAAAUUAUUGUUAGGUGAAAUGUAACAUUUUGUAAUCAAUUUAUUUUAAG